UGAGGCGUGGGGCUAGCGCCCGCCGCUUUUAAAACCCAGGCGGGCGGGCGGAUUGCGGAGCGCUCGGGGCUCCCGGUUGGCGGCCGAAUGGAGAGGAAGAGCUCGGCGGCCGUGGCCAAGGGGAACCCAAGCCCGCCCGUGGUCGGCGAGGGGCAGCGACCGCCGCCGCCACAGUGCGUCCCCGGAGGUGGUGAAGGGACUCCGGCGCGGAGCCAGGCUGGGGCGGCGGCCGAGCCCGCGGAGCUCAUCCGGCGCGCGCACGAGUUCAAGAGCCAAGGGGCGCAGUGCUACAAGGACAAGAAAUUCCGCGAAGCCAUCGGCAAAUACCACCGGGCGUUACUGGAGCUCAAGGGCUUGAUGCCACCUCCCGGGGAGCGGGAUUCGCGCCCAGCCUCGCCGGCUGGAGCCUCCAAACCCGGGCGCCUUUCGGACGAGCAGAGCAAGACGGUGGAAGCCAUCGAGAUCGACUGCUACAACAGCUUGGCAGCCUGCCUGCUCCAGGCGGAGCUGGUAAACUAUGAGCGAGUCAAGGAGUACUGCCUCAAGGUUCUGAAGAAGGAAGGGGAAAACUUCAAGGCCCUUUACCGGUCUGGGGUGGCCUUCUACCACCUUGGAGACUAUGACAAAGCACUCUACUACCUAAAAGAAGCCAGGACUCGACAACCCACAGACACCAACGUGGUUCGGUACAUCCAGCUGACCGAGAUGAAGCUCAGCAGAUGCUCCCAGAGGGAGAAAGAAGCCAUGUAACCAGGAAGCCUCUCCGGAGCUGCACCUAUGCCUGACUGGGGACUCCAGGCCCCCCUCCCACCCCUUGGGUGGAGAGCCUCACCCUGGGUUCUAUCCCUCUGUUCCCACUUUUUCAGGCACCUCUUCUUCCUCCUGUUGCUCCCCAACACUGUGUCUACUCCCAGUGUGAAAAGAAGGUGAGAGGCUGACUGGAAGGUGGUGCUGCCCAGACAUGGAGCCAUCUUCUUCUGUAGUAGGUCAGCAGCUGAGCCAGGCCUCGUUUCUCUUGGGGUGGCUGGGGAGGAGUCUCACAGGCUUGGGAUGGAAAUGGGCCCUGGACUUGGGCCAGUGCUUCUGACAAACAGCACACACAGUGCCCACGGACUGGAUCCUUCGACACCCUCCUGACACACCAGAGCAUCUUAAGGCAACCGGAACACAUCCAGGGAUGAGACAAACAACCUGAAGUGUGGAUGAAGCCAACAUAGAGACUAUGAAUUUGUACACUGGAGUCGUCCCCCCAACCCCACUCUCCUGAGUCACCUUAGCCCCUGCCAUCCCCUCCCUCACGUGGCUUGGCUUGUGCUUUCUUCUCUCCCUCUCAGGGAUCUGAGUCUCUGCCAGGAUUCACAUGCCAUCAAGGCCCACUCUGAGGCCCUCUGGUGACCACACAUACCAUUCCCCGCCUCCAGCCAGCAGGCAGCAGGGACAGCUCAAGGCUGGGCCAAGGGUUGGGGCAGGGCAGGCAAUGUAGGAGAUGGGGAUGGGGAGAUGGUGCCGAAGGCUAGGACACAGAACUGUGGAGCACUUAAUAUACAUAAGAAGAAAUCCACAGGCAGCAAUUCCUAUCAUUUCUGUUGGAAGCAAUCCACUCCUGCACCUCAGUCCGAGCUGCUUGUAGUCAGGCAGGACGUGGUUUCUCCCAAAGCCAUCUGCCUUUUGUCCAGCUCUGUACGCCAUGUCAGCUGCAGCCUUUGUCCUGUAAAGAGCAGGCUGAAACUGUGGAGACCAGCCCCAGGGCUUGGCUGUGUGGAAACUUGUAUAGCUUCUUCAUGAUCACAUUAGCUGAACUUAAUAUCUAGCCCAUAGAAUGUAUUCAACAAAUAUUUGUUGAAUGAAUAAACUAUGACUGCAGACUGACUUUCCUGCCUUAAACUAAUUUUAUCCCAGCCUAGUCUCCUGUUAUCUAGCCUUUCUCGUGCUAUGCCAUGUUGCUUCAGUCAAAUAAGAAACAGUUUCUGAGGGCUCACCCAUUGUAGUGCAAUAUACUGUGGGACAUGUGAUAUAGUCCCAAUUUUUGUGGAGAUGAAGAAGUUGAGACCUGCUUAUGAGAUUAUUACCAAUGACAUCGCUAAUUUAUAUGAUGCUUAAACAUUUUCCAAGCACUUUCAUGUAUUUUUCGUGUGGUUAGUGACACAAUAUUGUAUAAAACUAAGAUAUAAGCAGAUGCAAUAAUGUUCAUAGGAUUUAUUAAAUGCACUAUCUUCAGAUCUUUA